GCCGGGAAUACCUAUGACGGGAGGUCGUUCAGGACCUUCUUUCUUACGUCAAUUUUCGACAACGAUGGCACAAAUUGGGUCAAGGAAGACAAGAAGGGAAGCCUUCUCGAGGCUGCCUCUGGACCAGCAAGCCGACUGCGCUUUCGUGCCCUUUAUCACGAACUCGAGGAAAUCGCGACAGACGCCAUCUGCGCCGGUUGGGAAGAGGAAUCAGUUGGCUGCUUGUCCAGCUCCGCCUUUGCCAGCCGCAUCGCCCUCGCCCUUGCCCACGGUGAGGGGAGGUCACGAUAUCGCUCAAUGUUCCAGCGAGGCUACGGAGUACGAUGACAGACUUCUAUAUGGACGCAAUGUUGCGCGUGACAGUGUCGAGGAAGGUGCGACUGCCCUGACUGAGCGAAACGAGGAGGAAGAAGAUGGGGGAAGCUGCAGUCCGCGUGAAAACGACGGUGAUGACGAGUAUAUGGACGUUGGGGAUGAGAACAUGCAGGACCAGAACAUGCUUGGCGAUGACGACGUCGGUGUCACGUCGCAGCAUGGCCUUGGCGACAUCCCCACUGGUUCUGUGGGAGCGGUUGUUGGUCGGCCCUUGUCGUCCCCUGCUAUAUUGCAUUCACAAGGCGGGAGUCAGGGUGGGCAUGACUCGCAGGAGCACGGAGGAUCCAAGUCGAGGAAAAGGACAAGAGAAACUUCUCCUUCUGCUUCCGCUCACAAGAGACAAUCGAGGACUGACGCUGUUAAUGAGGCUCGUGGAACUCUGAUAGCAUCCCAGGAGGCGAGACCUCCUCGGAAGAGCAGCCAGGGGGGAAGAUCUGGCGAUCGUGGCGGCGGUCGUGGUGGAGCAAGAAAAGGUAAGCAGAUAGUGAGGGCAGAAGAACUGCGGGACUCAGGGGAUGAGGGCGAGGGAGUGGGCCCUCACAUGCCUGACGAUGGUGAUGAACCGCUUCAGCACGCUGCGCCCAUCGACACGACGCGUUGUUUCUUCCUCGAGUACGACGAGCGGGGUUUUGCUAAGCAAAAAGUCCUUCCUGUUCUUGUGGACGUCAUGAAAAUCAAACACAUUCCCCGCGGGAAUAUUCUUUUCAACCACCGCUCUUUGUCUGCGAACAUUGUGCGAGGCAUCGAGAAUGUCAUUGAGAGUUCCAUCACCACGGAACCGAGGGCGUGUGAUAGGCCUGAGCUCAUGCUUGCGCCGGUUGACCGCAACGAAAUCGUCGGCGGGCAGGGAAGGCGGAUAACACCGACCGAAUUCUUCGAAAGAGACUCCUCGGAGUUCGAUUGGUAUGCUGUUUGUGGUCAGCAUACGGUCGAGGGGAUGAAGACAUUGGUAAAAAAGGGCUCUCCGGCAGUCGACAUCUAUGGCCUUCGCGCGUACUCUAAGGUGCGGGUCGUCUAUUUUGGAGAUGACCAGAUGCGAGGGUAUUUCAAUGUCUCCGCCUUCGACAACACGCGCGAAAAUCGGGCCAUGAUGUUGUCAUUCGAGGAUGUUGUCCGUUAUAUGAGGCAAUGGUGGAUCGAUAACCACCGAAUCGAGGCCCUGAAAGGCAAGGUCAGCGAUAAGGAUGCGGUCGCCGUUGCGCACCAAAAGAAGUGGCAGAAUUUCUUAAGGGCCUCCAUGGGGAAGGCAUGCGACAAGGCGUUCGUGAAGGACAUGUUCCACAAGUUGGGGCCUAAGAGACUGAAGGUGUGGGAGUACCUGUUCCGUGAUAUGCCACAAGGACGGCUUGACGGGAAAUAUAUAUAUAGGAAAGCAAAGGCAACAGAGACCCUAAAACAUUAUCACGGUGCUCUCAUGUGCGCCUUUGAGACUUUUGUUGCUCGAUGCGAGAUCCUGAAGUUCGAUCUUCACAAAGACCAAUUGACGUCCAAGGACUACGCGGAGCUUGCGAAAUCGGGCGAUGGCUUUAACCCCGUCGACAGCGAGGAAGAUUCUUCGGACUCCGACCUCGAACUGGGCGAGGACACAUGUGCUGAGGUUUUGCGCGGUGGAAUGGUGCAAGCUCACGAUGACGGAACUGUCCAUUCGCACGAAGGGUCCAUCCCGGUGGCCGCCCCAAGCGUCGCCUCAAUGGUGGCCCCGUGGGAGACUGCUGCAUUGCAAGACAUUGGAAGAUGCGGUGACAAUGAAGAAGACGACAUUGAGAUACCAGGGGAGGCGUCGACGCUCGCACCAGGCGAUGCAAUUCCUCCAGGCUACUGGCAGAGCGAGGCCGCCAUCAAAGCCAAGGCCGAAGAAUUGUUUCAUGUCUUGUGCGACAAUCGGCAACUGGAGUACAGCAACAAAUUUUAUGCCCUGCGCUCGAGUCCCUCACGCGGGUCAAUGAACUGGAAGGUUGAUCAAACCGCUAGAACCUUGGAGGGGAGCUGCUCUCAUGAUUUCAUGCCUUUGGCUGAGCCGUCCUCCGUGGCCGCGCAAGCAGGGCACAGGGAAGAUGACGGGACUACUGUUGUCGAGCCUCAAGAGGUUGACAUGACGUCAAUGCCACAAAUAUCGGAAAAAUCCAUCUCGGUCGCCGCGGCACAAUUGUCCCCACCCAUCGAUGUGUCAACGACGUUGCCGCUGGAUGCAGGUGCGACGUACGGGAGUUUAUUGAUAACAAAUGCUGUAAAGGAAGGCACAUCUGAGAUCGAGUCAGAGUCUGAUGUUGGGCCGAGCGUGGCGGAGAGUCAGUUGCAACCGUCUUUACGCACUGGCAAAGGUGAUGCACAAUCACCGCUGACACCACAGGGAGGGGCCGGUGGGGAUGGCGGGAAGGGAGGGGAUGUGGAGGGGAUGCACCAUUCUCGCAACCUCGACACCUUAACCGCUGAUAUUGAUUAAAAGGGUGAGGGUGGGUGAGGCGGGAGGGGUGCAAUUGGAGGGGGAGAAUCCAGUGAUAUGAUUACAACUUCACCUCUGCCUUGUUGAACGAAAUUGUGUAAUUGACUUGGUGCGUUGUUUUGUUUAAAACAGAAUUCGUAUUAGUCUCCGUAGGCACCACUUCUACAUCGUUUUUCCAUUUAUGUAUAUAUUUUUUUUCACCUCAAAUUUUUAAUAGACCUGAGAUGUUUAGAUUGACUGCCCAUCUCGACGUGCAGUAACAAAUCGUGGUGGGAGCG